CAGAUAACAGCAUUGUACUCGUCUGGUAUAACGCUAUCUUUCUCAAGCAUUUCGUCUCAGAAAAUUCACUUUUGUGUAAGGCAGGAAUCAUGUUGAAGUUUGUGUUGUUGGUGUGCCUCGUGCUGACAGUCACACAGGCAGUCAAAUACCACAAGAGUAAACUACAGUUUGCACAGAAACGAAGCUUGAUGACGAAACGACAAGCACGCAUUUGUGGCGAGAACCAGUUCUUGUGCACUUCCGGUGAAUGUCUUCCUUUAAUGUGGACGUGUGACACUCAAGCCGACUGCAUCGACGGGUCUGACGAAGCAGAAUGUGAUUGCACUUGCAGUGGUGAACAAAAAUUUCAAUGCAAAAACGGCAACUGUGUUCCCCGGUCCUUCAUUUGCGAUGUAGACAAUGAUUGUGGUGAUAACAGCGAUGAAGUUGAUUGCCACCUUGCCACCUGUAGACCUGGCCAGGUGCAAUGUGACAACUACAGGUGUAUCGAUGCGUCGGCUCUGUGUGAUGGUUCUGACGACUGUCGUAACGGAUGGGACGAAAGCAACUGUGGUGGCACGUGCAGACACGACCAGUUUCAGUGCGCGGAUGGGAGUAAGUGCAUCCCUGCUGGCUGGUUAUGUGAUGGCUAUGCUGAUUGUGGUGACGGAAGUGAUGAGAUAUGUGCAGGAGGCACGUGCAGAGAAGACCAGUUCCAGUGUGCGGAUGGGAUUAAGUGCAUAUCCGCGAACUGGGAGUGUGAUGGAGAUAACGACUGUGGUGAUGAAAGUGAUGAGCAGCACUGUGUAUGUAAUCCUGAAACCCAGUUUGCAUGCGCCAACGGAAGAUGUGUUCGCAUCGAAUUUCGAUGUGACCACGACGAUGACUGCGGCGAUUUUUCGGAUGAACUCGGUUGUCCAACACUUCACCCAAGCGUCUGCAACGAUCACAUGACUAAGCGAGGGUGUGCGCUGAUGAACGACACGAUGAACCCCAUCUGUCUGGACAGUGACCUCGGCUUCAAGUUCUGCCGCAAGUUCUGUGACCUGUGUUUGGAAAACGAAAAAUUCUCUUUGUGUAAGGCAGGAACCAUGUUGAAGUUUCUGUGGUUGUUGGUGUGCCUGGUGCUGGCAGUGCACACAGGGCAGUCAAAUACCACAAGAGUAAACAAGUUUGCACAGAAACGAAGUUUGAUGACGAAACGACAAGAUUGCAUUUGCAGAGGCGAACACAAGUUUCAUUGCAAAAAUGGCAAAUGUGUUUCCCGGUCCUUCAUUUGCGAUGCGGAAAACGACUGUGGUGAUAACAGCGAUGAAGUUGAUUGCCGUGGCACGUGCCGAACGACCAGUUUUCAGUGCGCGGAUGGCAUUAAGUGCAUCCCUGCUGGCUGGUUAUGUGAUGGGGAUGAUGACUGUGGUGACAGAAGUGAUGAGUCAUGUGGAGGCACGUGCAGAGAAGACCAGUUCCAGUGUGCGGAUGGGAUUAAGUGCAUAUCCGCUAACUGGGAGUGUGAUGGAGAUAACGACUGUGGUGAUAAAAGUGAUGAGCUGCACUGUGUAUGUAAUCCUGAAACCCAUUUUGCGUGCGCCAACGGAGGGUGCAUUCGGAUCGAAUUUCGAUGCGACCACGACGAUGACUGCGGCGAUUCUUCGGAUGAACUCGGUUGUCCAACCCUACACCCCAGUGUCUGCAACGAUCACAUGACUAAGCGAGGGUGUACCCUGAUGAACGACACGAUGCACCCCAUCUGUCUGGACCAUGAGCUCGGCUUCAAGUUCUGUCGCAGGUUCUGCGACCUGUGUUUGGAAACCGAGGAGGACUUUAUCUUGUAUAAGGCUUCCUUCAGAAUUUCGCUUCAGAACUCUCGUCAAAAGUGUAAAACUGCAGCCAUGUUGAAGUUUGUGUUGUUGGUGUGCCUGGUGCUGACAGUCACACAGGCAGUCAAAUAUCACAAGAGUAAAUUAGAGUUUGCACAGAAACGAAGCGAGAUGGCGAAACGACAAGCAACAACCUGUGGCGAACACCAGUUCUUGUGCACUUCCGGUGAAUGUCUUCCUUCAAUGUGGACGUGCGACACUCAAGCCGACUGCGCCGACGGAUCCGACGAAGCAGAAUGUGAUUGCAAGUGCAGAGGCGAUAGCAAGUUUCAGUGCAAAAACGGCAACUGUGUUCCCCGGUCCUACGUUUGCGACACAGACAACGAUUGUUUAGAUAACAGCGAUGAAGUUGAUUGCCACCUGACCACCUGUAGACCUGGCCAGGUGCAGUGUGACACCCACAGGUGUAUCGAGGAGUCGUGGCUGUGUGACGGUUCUGACGACUGUCGCAGCGGAUGGGACGAAAGCAACUGUGGCGGCACGUGUAGACUGGACCAGUUCCAGUGCGCCAAUGGCAACAGGUGUAUCCCUGCUACCUGGGAGUGUGACGGGGAUAACGACUGUGGUGACAGAAGUGACGAGGAGCACUGUGGGUCGUGCAGACAAGAUCAGUUCCAGUGCGCUGACCAGUCUAAGUGCGUUCCCAUUGGCUUUCGUUGUGAUGGUAAUAAUGACUGUGGUGAUCGAAGUGAUGAGCAGCACUGUGAAUGCAAUCCGGCAACUCACUUCCAGUGCCUCAACGGACGGUGUAUUGACAUCAACUGGCGAUGUGACAACGGUGAUGACUGCGAGGAUUUUUCUGACGAGCUUGGCUGCCCUACUCUGCACCCAAGCGUCUGCAGCGACCGGAUGACUCAGCGAGGCUGUGCGUUGAUGAACGACACGACCCACGCCAUCUGCCUCGACGACGACCUCGGCUUCAAGUUCUGCCGCAGGUUCUGCGACCUCUGCUUGGAAAACCCAGAAGACUAAGCUGAGGGCAGUUCCAUUCCACUGACACUUAUUCUCAAUAAACAAAGCGUUGUCAGGGCUCUGGUAAUCACGACUUGGCAGAAAGCACUUUCAUGUUUUCCUACUUACCUUGCUUUGUCACCUCGCGAUUAAAGUUGCCUUACUCUUGUUCU